UGACUUGUGGCUAUUACAAACAAGGCAAAUAAUUUUUAAGCUACACAAAUGGUUUCUCUCAGUUAACAAGACACGGUGUUCUUAUUUACUGUGUAUGUGUUUAUCUUUGAGUAAGAUAAGAUCUCUCCAGUUUGUGUAACAUCUGUCUCAGAUGUCCCCCCACUAUGAAAACAAGGCAGACACAGCAUCAGCUGAGACUCUGGGGGUCACUGGCUUGAGGUGAUGACCUCAUAGUCACUCCUGCACAAUGAGCAGCAAAGGCCUCUAGAGCAUGGGCAUGGUGGCCUGGGAAGGACCCACACACUAAAGAGGAAUUUCUCCACCAGAAGAGGCUUCACUCCAAGAACCAUGUGAUGACAUUCAAAGCUGUAAACUUGAAUGAUUGACAUCUUCCUUUCUGAAGUUAUAUGGAAAUUUGUCAAAAUCUCAACCCUUGGUGGGGCAAGGCUGUUUGAAGAAACAUGGUGAAUUAUUACAAAGUACUAGGGGUGCCUCAGAAUGCCUCCUCCUCUGAUAUCAAGAAGGCUUUCCACCAGUUGGCUCUGCAAAUACACCCAGACAAGAAUCCAGGAGACAAGGAAGCAGCAGAGGAGAGAUUCAAACAAGUAUCAGAAGCCUAUCAUGUCUUAUCUGAUGCCAAGAAGCGAAAGGACUAUGACAGGUCCAGAUGGAGCCGAACCAGAGGAGAAAUCAGAGGUGAUGGCCAUACCAGAGGAGAAAUCAGAGGUGAUAGCCAUACCAGAGGAGAAAUCAGAGGUGAUGGCCAUACCAGAGGAGAAAUCAGAGGUGAUGGCCAUACCAGAGGAGAAAUCAGAGGUGAUGGCCAUACCAGAGGAGAAAUCAGAGGUGAUGGCCAUACCAGCGAAGACAUCAGGGGUGAUGGCCGUACCAAAGUGGAACUCAGAGGUGAUGCCAGAGACAAAACCCAUUUGGAGGAAGAACUGUGCUUUCGGAGGCCACGCUGCACCUUCCAGAAGGUCACUGAAGAUGAAGACCUCUUUUCAGGAGACUGUUGGCUCACUGGUCCCAUGGCUCAGUCCAGAAGAGCCUCUCCCCCCUUCUUUAGUGUCACCCCCAUCAUGGACACAGGAUUUUCUACUUUCAUGUCCCUAGGAUCAAAAUUGAGUCCUUGUGCCUCUGAGACACAUGUACCAUAUGUAAGCCAUGGAAUGGGAAAGUUCAGACUGGUCACCACUUGUAGCUGGAUAGUGAAUGGUAAGAGAGUUGUCACAAAGAAAGUUGUAGAGAACAUGAGAGGACCAAUGAAAAUAGAGAAUGAACGCCUGUUGCAUCGGAAUCCUUCACGUGAUUGGAAAUUGAUGGAAAAUCCCUGCUCUUGAUGACGAGAAAUGACGUGCUGACAGGGCUGCAGUUGAAACUGGGGCCUGCUCUGAAAAUCUAUGAGUAUCAUGUAAAACCUCUUCAGACCAAGCAUUUAAAGAACAGCUCUUCCUAGUAAAGUGAAAUCGAGGUCUCAGUCCUCAGAACAGGAUUCACAGUGAUGUAAUUUAGUUUCGUGUUGUGAGACUUCACAAACAGAAUACAGACAUGUGUAUACGUAAAGAAUUUCAAUCCAACAAAGUGUUAUCCUACUGGAUAGUCUAGGCAAUCCGUUGGCUGGCCUGACUCAGCCUGGAGGAGCAAAGACAGAAUGGACAAGCGAUGGUUGUCCUUGUCACACCAAUUUGUCAUUGACUCUUAGGUACCCCUCUCCUCAGGGACUUUGAAAUCACAGGAUUUUCUUUGUUUCAGCAUAGAUUGUUUUCCAUCAACUCCUUAAAAGGGAGGAUGGAUGUGGAAUGAGUGGUCUGGGUUAUAGACGUAGAAAUGAGUACAAACAGAACUCUGUGGGGAGGGAGAUGAGUGAGGGAGUGCUGUCUCCCAUAAAUUGCUCUGCUCCUAGAUGUACGCUCCAUGGAUGGAAUUGCCAACACCUUUUUUUCUAGAGGGUUCUCCACUUGACCUUGUUAAGGUUUCACAGGGAUGUGCUGUGCUGUGUGUGAAUCAAACAUGCACCAGGCUCCCUUCAGGAGCGGAACUCUCUCUGAGAAGAGAAGCUUGCUUUGCACUGGAGACAUCCUUGUAAUCAACUCACUGUCACAGGGGAAAGAAUAUUUCCUGCUUAUGUUGGUUCCUUGUUGCUGAGAAAGCAUUUAGGGGCUUUGGGGGUUUUGUUUGUUUGUUUUUGUUUUUUACUUUAUGGUUUGUAUUUAUAAUUCUUUCUGAAGCAAUUUGUCAAGAGUUAAUAGAUCCCAAAGCUUUGUUAAUAGCACAGAAUAUUUUUAUAUAUGCAUAUAUAUCCCUCCAUGAUUCUGUAAUAUUUUUUUAAUUGUCCUCUGCUGUGUUUGGUCCCUGGUUUGAGUACUUGUCUUUCAGAAUUUGAAAAAGUGGACUUGCUACAUCUCUGUUCAAAGAGACAUUUACUGAGCGAUGCUUGUCCAUGCCUUGGUGAGUUGGUGCUUUGUGAUUGCAAUAAAACACUGUUUCAGUUCA